AUGGCCACCACAAACAACAUGAAAAGCACGGAGCGUAAUGUGGCAGACCACGUCGAAGCACUUCUAAACACAUUUGCUAACCAAUUGCCUACGUUGCAAGGGGAAAUAAAUUCAGUUGUUACCAUGCUGAAGCAGUCGAAUCUAAACAGCUUGAACUCGCUCAGCACGGGAACAUGUAACGUACCGUCCGACAUUGCGGCUGAACUACGACUAGCCGCAGAAGCAGCCGAAAGCAAGCAUUUUUUCGCCUGCACACAGAAACUCAACAACACAUCGCAUAUGUUGGAAACGCUAAUGAAAGAAGCGAAAUUUACCCGUCGGAAAAUCGACUCUCUCGCUAUGUCGAAUGUUUCAACUUCUACACCGGAACAGCGUCAAUCAUUACAUAUACAAUGUAUGUACAUGGAGCAGGCAGUUUGCUUACUGUGUGCUUUAAACCGAGCGCAUCACGAAGUGCAGCUCGCUGCCAAUGCACUAUACAUUCAUGGACUACAGGAUGUAACGGAAUCGUUACAUGGAGCGGAUCAUUUAAAGGAAUCCAUUGCACGUUUGGUAUCAAUCAUAUCAACGAAGCAUUUUAAAUCCUCACUCACCCCGAUUGGCCUACAAUAA